AUGGGGUACACCGUCACGCACGUGACCUGCAAGGAAGCGCAGGAGGCCAGUGCUGUCUGGGAGUUCCCAAAAGACUGUCUCGCCGUCCACAUCUUACCCGGGAGAUGCCCGUCGGGCCAAGCCCCUGACGACAGCCCCAUGGCGUUGCACCUCUACAGCCCCCGCCCCCCGCCGGAUGAGACCCCGGAGCAGAUGCAGCAGGGGACUCUGAUGCGGAAGGUGAAGUCCAAGAGCUGGAAGAAGCAGCGAUACUUCAAGCUGCAGGACGACUGCAUGACUGUCUGGUACAAGUCCAAGAAGAACGGCAACACCAAAUAUACCUUCUCCAUCAGCGACGUGGAGACAGUGCGGGAGGGGCACCAGUCCGAGGUGCUGCAGAGCCUGGCUGAGGAGUUCCCGCCCGAGCACUGCUUCACCGUCGUCUUCCACGGGCGGCGCGGGAACCUGGACCUGAUCGCCGGCUCCCCCGAGGAGGCGCAGUGCUGGGUCCGGGGCCUGCGCCGCCUGGUGGAGAUCGUCACCAAGAUGGACCAGCAGGAGAAGAUGGAUCAGUGGAUCUGCGACUGGUUCCAGAAGGCCGAUAAGAACAAGGACGGGCGCAUGAGCUUCAAGGAGGUGCGGCAGCUCCUCAAGAUGAUGAACAUGGACAUGAACGAGGACCACGCGCUGCGGCUCUUCCAGAUGGCCGACGGGUCGGAGUCGGGGACGCUGGAGGGCGAGGAGUUCGUGCUGUUCUACAAGGCGCUGACGCAGCGAGACGAGGUGCUGGGCGUCUUCCAGGCGUUCUCCCAGGACGGGAAGAAGCUGACCCUGCUGGAGUUCGUGGAUUUCCUGCAGCAGGAGCAGCUGGAGGGGGAGAACACGCAGGAGUUCGCCAUGGAGCUGAUUGCCAGAUACGAGCCGUCUGAGAGCGCCAGGGCGCGCCAUGUGCUGAGCCUCGACGGCUUCCUCCUGUACCUGCGCUCGCCGGAAGGCGCCAUCUUUAACCCCGCUCACGAGCCGCUUUGUCAGGACAUGACCCAGCCCCUCUGCCACUAUUUCAUCUCCUCCUCGCACAACACUUACCUGCUGGAGGACCAGCUCCGGGGCCAGAGCAGCGUCGAGGGCUACAUCAGGGCUCUGAAGCGGGGCUGCCGCUGCUUGGAGGUGGACUGCUGGGACGGGCCCAGUGGGGAGCCCGUCGUGUAUCACGGCCACACGCUCACCUCCAAGAUCCCCUUCAAGGACGUGGUCAGCACCCUGGGGCAGUACGCCUUCCAGGCGUCCGACUAUCCCGUCAUCCUGUCCCUGGAGAACCACUGCGGCCCGGAGCAGGGGGACCUCAUGGCCCAGCACCUGAAGGGCAUCCUGGGAGAGCGGCUGCUCACGGCCCCCCUCGAUGCCCGCGACCCCACGCAGCUGCCUUCGCCGGAGGUAGGGGACGGGCUGGGGGGCGGUCGCUGCGGGGGCCUGGCCCAUGGGAACGAGUUUGUCCGUCACAACGCCCAGCAGCUGACGCGGAUCUACCCCAGCGGGCUGAGGACCGACUCCUCCAACUAUGACCCGCAGGAGAUGUGGAACGUGGGCUGCCAGCUCGUGGCCCUGAACGUGCAGACGGCCGGGGCGGAGAUGGAUCUGUGUGACGGGCUCUUCCGGCAGAACGCCCGCUGCGGCUACGUGCUGAAGCCGGCUUUCCUGAGGGACGCGGGAACCGCCUUCGACCCCGACAAUCCCCGGAGCAGGGCCGGGGGCGGCCCCUGGAGCCUGGCGAUUCAGGUCAUCAGCGGGCAGCAGCUCCCCAAGGUGGCCGGCAGCAAGGCGAGCGCCAUCGUCGACCCCCUGGUGCGCGUGGAGAUCCACGGCGUCCCCGCCGACCAGGCCAGGCUGGAGACCCAGGCCGUCGAUAACAACGGCUUUAACCCCCGCUGGGGCGAGACGCUGUGGUUCAAGGUGCACGUCCCUGAACUGGCCCUCGUGCGCUUCGUGGUGGAGGAUUACGACAAGACGUCCAGGAACGACUUCGUGGGCCAGUUCACCCUGCCCUUCGCUAGCAUCAAAUCAGGUUAUCGUCACAUCCACCUCCUGUCCAAGGACGGCAUGGCCAUCCCACCCUCCUCGCUCUUCGUUCACGUCCAAAUCACGGAGCUUCCCUACCCUGAGUAGCAGCCGAGUGGGUCACGCCAGCCCCCUGUGCCACCCGUUAACAGCCCUGUCCCGACAGCUGCUGGAGAGACGCCGCCCUGCCCGGCCCA